AUGCAGGCUCCCGGUAGAUGGCAGCUCCGCCGGGCGCGGAGGCAGCGCGCAGGCAGCGCGGGUGGAUGGAGUAGGGCGGGCCGGGGCGCGGCGCCGCGCCCUCCCACGCGUGUCACCGCUCCCACGGCGGGCGAAGAGGCUGCGUCGCCGCCUCAGGUUUAUGUCGCCAUGCAGCACUAUGGAGUGAACGGUUACUCCCUCCACGCCAUGAAUUCACUGAGUGCCAUGUACAACCUCCACCAGCAGGCAGCUCAGCAAGCCCAGCAUGCCCCUGACUACAGGCCCUCGGUGCAUGCCCUCACCCUGGCAGAGAGACUGGCUGACAUCAUUUUGGAGGCACGUUAUGGAUCCCAGCACCGCAAACAAAGGCGAAGUCGCACGGCCUUCACUGCCCAACAGCUGGAAGCACUGGAGAAGACCUUUCAGAAGACUCACUACCCAGAUGUGGUGAUGAGAGAGCGGCUGGCUAUGUGCACAAACCUACCUGAAGCCAGAGUCCAGGUUUGGUUCAAGAACCGGAGAGCCAAAUUCCGUAAGAAGCAGCGUAGCCUGCAGAAGGAGCAGCUGCAGAAGCAGAAGGACUGUGAAGGGAGCCACAGUGAGGGAAAGACGGAGCCACCCAUACUGGAGACCCAGGCCACCACCCCGGAUACUGAGAAGGUCCAAAGCCUGCCGAGUGAGGUAGGCACAGACCUCAACCUAACCCUGUCGGAGCAGUCAGCCAGCGAGUCAGCACCUGAGGACCAGACCGACAGAGAGGAGGAGUUUAAGAGCACCUUGGAUGAGGCUAAAGUGGACAAGAGCCCUGGUGUGGAAAGCAAGGCUCUGAACUGCAAGAGAGCGAGCCCAAAAGCAGAGUCCCCUAUCAGCGCGACUGUGACACCUUCAUCCAGCAGUGGCCUGGCUCAGACUCACUCCUACUCCUCCUCACCCCUGAGCCUCUUCCGUCUACAGGAGCAAUUCCGUCAGCACAUGGCAGCCACCAACAACUUGGUCCAUUACUCCUCCUUCGAAAUGGGGACACCGUCUGCCAUGCCCUACUUGGGCAUGAACGUCAACAUGGCACCGCUGAGCUCCCUGCACUGUCAGUCGUACUACCAGUCGCUCUCCCAUGCUCAGCAGGUCUGGUCCUCACCCAUCCUGCAGGCCUCCAGCUCCCUUCCAAGCCUGAACAGUAAAACGACGAGUAUUGAGAACCUAAGGCUCCGGGCGAAGCAGCAUGCGGCAUCCCUUGGGCUUGACACCCUACCCAACUGA